GCUAGAACCAUGCAAGCAACUCGGUACAAUCGCUGUAUCUGUACCGACCUAUUUCACCGUUGUACAUGGUUACAGCUUGUCAAUUUCAACUGCUCGCAGCGCCAUAGACGGGUAGUGGUGGCACCAUGAACAAGUUUUGUCAACACCGAAUCAAAACACCGCAGUGUUAAAUAUUCAGUUAGAGACGAAUGAACUCCCAGAGUUUAAAGUCUCUUAAAUCCAACACCAAUUCCAAUUCCUAUUCAGUUCGUGAGGAAAAAAACUAUAAACUAUAUAUACCUGUGGCCAAGAGUAGUUGAACAACGGUAAUGGAGCUAGCAAAGGAAAGGAAGGCUACGAUGCUCGACAAAUCGGGGAUGCUGGUCGUCAUUGAAGUGUGGAAGGACAAUAUUCUGUCCCUUCGGAGCACUUCCAAGAACUCCCACAUCUACAAGCAAAUGUGUGAGGAGCUGAAAGGCCACGGCGUUAUACUUACGGCGGUCGAAUUGAAAAACCGGAUCAAUAAUCUCUCUCGGAAGUACAGAUCCGAAAGAAACGCCAUGGGGCCCUCGGGAGGAUCACCUUCUUCUUGGGAUUAUUUUGAUAUUCUACACAGCUUUCUCCAUACUUAUAAACAAAACAGCACUCGCGAUUUGAUGGAUGAGGUGAUUGGUUCCGAUGAUGACUACUGCGAUGCUGAGUAUUUAGAUGAAGCGUACAACCCGGAGAACGACACAUUCGCUCAAUCUAUGUUUAUGUCACCUUCUGCGCCGACAUCAUCAGUAUCAUCGCCAUCACCAACACUGCCAUCAUCAAGCCGCAGGCAUUCCGCUCCUAAAAAGAGAAAACAAAAUGUGCAGGAAAAAUUGUUGGAAUUGGCUAUAAAAGAAAACGAAAAUAUGGUUACUUUUAUGGAGCAUUCCAAGACUACAGAUCUUCAAAUAAUCGAGCUCAUGAAAGAAAAUAACGCGUUGAUGAGCAAGCUGGUCGAUAAAAUUUGAAUUGUGUACUU